UCAGGCGUUUCCUCUUUUCGCGUGCGCGGCUCGCUGAAGGUUACGAGUCGCUCCUAGCGGAGUAUGCGCUCAUUCGCUGCGGCUUUUCCCCUUUGCUUUCUUUCCUUGUCUGUUUUUCCAGUUAAAAAGUAGAAAUCAGUUCCACGUUGCCAUCAUGUUGAAAGUGGUAGUAGAAUCGGCAAGCAACCUUCCUAAAACUAAACUCGGAAAACCCGAUCCUGUCGCUUCCAUCAUUUUCAAGGAUGAAAAGAAGAAAACAAAGCACAUCGACAGUGAACUGAAUCCUGUCUGGAAUGAGCUCCUUGAAUUUGAUCUGAAGGGAAAACCACUUGAUUCAUCUGCCGCUAUUGAGGUCGUGGUGAAGGAUUUUGAAACAAUUGGAAAAGACAAGCUUAUUGGUUCAGCAACAGUUUCUCUGAAGGAUCUGGCAAGUGGUCAGGUCAAGUCCCUUCCAGCUAAAAACUUACCUCUCUUAAAUGAAAAGGGCCAACCUUCUGGGGGAACCGUAAAUAUAGUGAUUGGAUAUGAAGCACCAGCAUCAGCUAACCCAACUGAUUCUCCAGAUGCUGGUACAGCUGGCACCACUGCUACUGAUGGGGAUGAAGGAGGAGGUGAUGAAGAUGAUGCUGAUGGAGGAGGAGGAGCUGGAGCUGGAGGUAGAGGUGGCUUGGGUGGCAUGUCUGGAGGUCAGUCAAACACCCAACUGCAAAGGAGGCUUGGCAAAGGCAAGAAAAAUCGUCGCAUCCUCUCCAACAAACCUCAGGACUUUCAGAUUCGUGUUCGUGUCAUCGAAGGAAGGCAGAUUCCAGGAAACAACAUUAAACCUGUGGUCAAGGUUAAUGUGUGCAAUCAGACCCACAGAACAAGGAUUCGGAGAGGAAACAAUCCAUUCUUUGAUGAGGUGUUUUUCUACAAUGUCAAUAUGAUGCCAUCUGACCUUUUUGAUGAAAACAUUACUUUAAGGGUUUAUGAUUCAUUUUCUCUACGAGCUGACAGCCUUAUGGGCGAAUUCAAGAUUGAUGUUGGUUAUGUUUAUGAUGAACCAGGACAUGCUGUCCUCAGAAAGUGGCUGCUGCUAAAUGAUCCAGAGGAUGCUACUUCAGGAGCAAAGGGUUACCUCAAAGUCAGCAUGUUUGUUGUUGGGACUGGAGAUGAACCACCGGUGGAGCAAAAGACUGGGGAUGAAGAUCAGGAGGAUAUUGAGAGUAAUUUGUUGCUGCCUGCUGGUGUCACAUUGAGAUGGGUCACGUUUACUUUGAAGGUCUACAGAGCUGAAGAUAUUCCUCAGAUGGAUGAUGCAUUUGUCCAAAGUGUAAAAGAACUAUUUGGAGCUGAUAGUGAUAAGAAGAAUCUUGUAGAUCCAUUUGUGGAAGUUUGCUUUGCUGGCAAAAAAAUUUGCACUAAAAUAAUAGAACAGAAUGCAAACCCAGAAUGGAAUCAAGCUGUUAAUCUACAAAUUAAGUUCCCAUCCAUGUGUGAUCGUAUAAAGCUGACUGUUUAUGACUGGGAUCGUCUGACUAGGAAUGACACUGUUGGGACAGUCUACCUGAGCCUCAGUAAAAUUGCUUUUGCAGGUGGAGAAAGUGAAGACACAUCUACGGGAUAUGGGGCUUCUACAGCAUCUGAAGCUGUUCCUGGUGAGUCUGAAAUCGGAUUCUUGCCAGCUUUUGGUCCUUGUUACAUUAACUUGUAUGGGAGUCCACGAGAGUUCACUGGAUUUCCUGAUCCCUAUGAUGAGCUCAAUUUUGGAAAGGGUGAAGGUGUUGCCUAUCGAGGAAGAGUUCUUGUUGAACUCACAACUCAGAUUGAUGCAAAAGCUGAAAAAAAAAUUGAUGAAAUUCCAAAUGAUGACAUUUUAGUGACAGAGAAGUACCAGCGUAGACGCAAGUACAGCUUGUGUGCCGUGUUCCACUCUGCUAACAUGUUGCAAGAAGUUGGUGAGCCGAUACAGUUUGAAGUGAGCAUAGGCAAUUAUGGUAACAAGUUUGACAACACCUGCAAGCCACUGGCCUCAACAACGCAGUACACAUGUGCUGUGUUUGAUGGUAACUUCUUCUAUUACUUGCCAUGGUCCAACUCAAAGCCAGUAGUAGUGUUAACCUCUUACUGGGAGGAUAUUGGCCACAGGAUGGAUACUGUUAACAUCAUCCUAAACAUGGCAGAUAGACUACAAGCAAAUAUUUCGACCCUGAAAACUGCAAUGGCUGCAAAAGUGCAAGACACACGUCUGGCUGAAAUAUGGCUGAAGCUAAUUAAUCAGCUUAUUGAAGAUCUGGAUGCAAAUGUGCUUCCGGAAUUGAGUGACAAACCCAACCUCACCGUCCUUGACAUUCAAAUUAAAAAGAUGCGUGAUUCUGCUCUUAGAAACAUUAAAGAUUCAGCCAUUCAUAUGAGAGAAGAGGCCACUGACGUAAAAGCCACUUUAAAUGACAUUGAAGAUUGGCUGGACAGACUGCAGCAGCUAGCUGAAGAGCCACAAAACAGCAUGCCUGAUGUAGUCAUCUGGAUGUUGCGUGCAGAAAAAAGGGUGGCCUAUGCAAGGAUUCCUGCUAAUCAGAUCUUGUAUUCUACAACCAGUGAACAGGCCUGUGGAAAAUAUUGUGGAAAAUCUCAGACGGUAUUCAUGAAGUACCCAAUGGAUAAAAACAAAGGACUUAAGUUGCCACUCCAGUUGCGGGUCAAUAUGUGGCUUGGAUUGUCUACACAUGAAAAGAAAUUUAACAGCUAUUCAGAAGGAACCUUUACUGUUUUUGCGGAAAUGUAUGAGAACCAAGCCCUUGUCUUUGGCAAGUGGGGCACCACUGGACUAAUGGGACGGCAUAAAUUUUCUGAUGUCACAGGGAAGAUCAAGUUAAAGAGAGAAAGCUUUAUGCCUCCCAAGGGCUGGGAAUGGGAAGGUGACUGGUUUGUGGACCCGGAAAAAAAUUUACUAACAGAAGCUGAUGCUGGACAUACUGAAUUUACUGAUGAGGUUUACCAGAAUGAGUCUAGAUACCCAGGUGGUGAAUGGAAGCCUGCAGAUGAGCCCUACACUGAUGUGAAUGGUGAGAAGGCAUUAGCACCUGGGCAGUAUGAUUGCCCUGCCGGCUGGACGUGGGAAGAUGACUGGACAUUUGACAUUAACAGAGCUGUUGAUGAAAAAGGAUGGGAAUAUGGAAUCACUAUCCCACCUGAUUCCAAGCCAAAAUCAUGGGUACCAGCUGAAAAGAUGUACCAUACCCACCGACGGAAGAGACUCAUCCGGCAACGGCGAAGGGAAAAACAGACCUCAUCUACAGAGAAAAAACCACUACUUGAUGACCCUGAGGGCUGGGAAUAUUCAUCUCUUAUUGGCUGGAAAUUUCACAGCAAAAUGCGAGGUUCAGACACAGUCCGUCGCAGACGCUGGAGAAGGAAAAUGGCUCCUUCUGACAGGCUUGGUGCAUCAGCUAUAUUCAAACUUGAAGGGGCUCUGGGUACUGACAUGUCAGAGGACUCCGAUGGAAAAGAUAAGACGAAAGAGAGUAGCACAUCAUUGUUUGGUGCCAAUACUCCAAGUAUUUCCAAUAAUUAUGACAGACGCUUUAUGUAUCAUCUUCGAGUGUAUGUUCACCAGGCACGAAAUCUUAUGCCUUUGGAUAAAGAAAGUUUUUCUGAUCCUUAUGCUCAUGUGUCAUUCCUUCAUCAGAGCAAAACUACAGAGAUAAUUAAUUCUACAUUAAACCCACAAUGGGACCAGACCCUAAUUUUUGACAAUAUUGAAAUCUACGGAGAUCCACAGACCAUUGCUCAAAACCCGCCAAAUGUUGUCUUUGAGCUAUUUGAUUCUGAUCAAGUGGGAAAAGAUGAGCCUUUGGGUCGAAGCAUGUGCUCACCUCUAGUAAAACUCAAUCCUGAAACCGAUGUGACACCAAAGUUGCUCUGGUACCCUGUAAUUCGAGCAGAAAAGAAACAUGGAGAAAUUCUGGCAGCAGCAGAGCUCAUCUUAAAAGAUAAGCCAGAUGGAUCCAAUCUACCUAUUAUUCCACCAAAACGAGGAGCAAAACUCUACAUGGUCCCUCAAGGAAUCAAGCCAGUUGUUCAGCUUACAGCAAUAGAGAUUCUGACUUGGGGUUUGAGAAACAUGAAAAACUACCAGCUAGCUGCUGUCUCAUCACCAAGUCUCAUUGUAGAGUGUGGAGGAGAAAUUGUCUAUUCACAGGUCAUCAAAAAUAUUAAGAAGAAUCCCAACUUUCCUGGAUCUGUUUUGUUCAUGAAAGUGCCUCUCCCAAAAGAGGAAAUUUACACUCCACCCAUAGUAAUAAAAGUGAUUGAUCACCGACCAUUUGGAAGGAAACCAAUUGUGGGGCAGUGUACAAUAGACUCUCUAGAAGAAUAUCGUUGUGAUCCUUACACUGCCAAGGCUGAAGUUGCAAUGACUGCAAAAGUUGCCUUGAUGUCUGCCCCCAGAGAUGUUGUCAUUGACAUGGAGGAUAAGAGGCCCUUGCUUGAAGCCCAGAUUUACCAUCUGGAUUCUGCACCAUGUGACUCGGAGCACUUUGUAUACGGUAUGUCAACAGCUCUCAGCAAACUGAGCACUCAGCAAACUGCGAUACUUAAAGCGGAAUUGGAAAGAGAAACAGUUGAUUGGUGGAGCAAAUUUUACUCCUCAAUUGGGGAAAUUGAAAAAUGUGGACAGUACAUCCAGAAGGGUUAUGACACACUGAAGGUCUAUGAUGAUGAGCUGGAAGAUAUUACAGAAUUCAAGGGGCUAACUGACUUUUGUGAUACCUUCAAACUCUAUAGAGGUAAAGCUGAUGAAGACGAGGAUGAUCCAUCAGUCGUGGGAGAAUUUAAGGGUUCAUUCAGUAUAUACCCCUUAUCAGAUGACCCUAGUGUUCCAGCACCCCCUCGCCAAUUCAGAGAGUUACCUGAGAGCGGACCGCAGGAAUGUAUUGUCAGGAUCUACAUUGUCCGAGGCAUAGAUCUACAGCCUAAAGACAACAAUGGUCUGUGUGACCCUUACAUCAAAAUAAGUUUGGGUAAGAAGGUGAUAGAAGAUAGAGAUCAUUACAUUCCAAAUACAUUAAAUCCCAUGUUUGGAAGAAUGUAUGAACUUACUUGCUUCAUCCCACAAGAGAAAGACUUAAAGAUUUCAGUUUAUGACUAUGACAUGAUGACCAAAGAUGAGAAAGUUGGUGACACCGUGAUAGAUUUGGAGAAUCGUCUGCUUUCCCGCUUUGGGUCACAGUGUGGCUUGCAGCAAAGUUAUUGCAUCUCUGGGUUGAACCAGUGGAGGGACCAACUCAAACCAUCCCAGAUUUUACAGAAUUAUGCCCGGCUAAAAGGCCAAUCUCCUCCAGUUGAAUCUGACAAUGGUAAAAUGUUGUCUUUUGGAGGACGUGACUACACACUGGAUGAGUUUGAAGCCAAUAAAAUUCUUCACGAACACCUGGGCCCACCAAAUGAACGUCUUGCCCUCCAUGUCCUGAGAACAAAGCGGCUGGUUCCUGAGCAUGUUGAGACCAGGACACUUUAUAGCUCAUUCCAACCUACACUGUCCCAAGGAAAACUUCAGAUGUGGGUUGACGUGUUCCCCAAGAGCCUUGGAGUUCCUGGCCCUCCAUUCGAUAUCACUACACGAAAACCUAAAAAAUAUGUCCUACGUGUUAUUAUUUGGAACACAUCAGAUGUUAUUCUGGAUGAAACCAGCAUUACUGGAGAAAAAAUGAGUGACAUUUAUGUGAAAGGAUGGAUGCCAGGCAUUGAGGAGCAAAAACAGAAAACUGAUGUUCAUUACCGGUCACUUGAUGGCGAUGGUAAUUUCAACUGGAGAUUUGUUUUCCCCUUCGACUACCUGCCAGCUGAACAGCUAUGUCUCAUUUCUAAAAAAGAACACUUCUGGAGUCUUGACAAGACUGAAUUUAGGAUACCUCCAAAGCUUAUCGUACAAGUCUGGGACAAUGACAAGUUCUCAUUGGAUGAUUACUUAGGGACACUGGAGUUGGACUUACGCCACUUAAUACCCCCUGCCAAAACCUCAGCAACAUGUAAUUUGAAAAUGAUUCCAGAGACCAAAGGCUCUACCUCUUCAAAACCUUCGCACACAUCAUGUCUGUUUUCACAGAAAACUGUAAGGGGCUGGUGGCCUUGUGUCAGAGAGGACAAUGGCAAACACGUUUUAGCUGGAAAAGUUGAGAUGACCCUGGAAAUCCUCAGAGAGAAAGAGGUUGAAGAAAGACCCGCUGGGAAAGGGAGAGACGAACCCAACAUGAAUCCAAAGUUGGACCCACCAAAUCGGCCAGACACAUCCUUUUUGUGGUUCACAAAUCCAUGCAAGACAAUGAAAUUCAUUGUGUGGCGUAGAUUCAAGUGGAUCUUCAUUGGCCUUAUUAUUUUGCUCCUAGUAUUGCUCUUCUUAGGAAUAUUAUUGUACUCUCUACCAAACUACAUAUCCAUGAAAAUUGUAAACCCCUUCCCUAAGAGAUAAUGAAGAAAAAACAAAGACUUGAAAACUGAGAGCCGCUGUGCUGGAGGGGCGACUGACUGUUCCAUUCCUGGUGUGCUGUGACUUUUUUUUUUUGUUUGUUUUUUUUUGCAAUACUUAUCCCUCACAGUAACUGAAUUAUCUCAAUUUUUAAAACACUUGUUAUAACAUUUUUAUAGGUCUAUCAUUUUUUUUUGUUUAAAGGGUACUCCACCAGGAGUAUCACAAAGACAGAUUUCUGCUUUCACGUUCACUUGUUGGUAAGCACUGGUUCGGUUCUGCACUUUAUUACUGUUUUUUCCUCAUCACAGCCAUAUAGCCAUUGUUGAAUAAAUAACGUAACUAUCUGGAAGGGACAAAUUCCACAAGGAGAAAAUGCCAAAGAAACUGAUACAGUAUCUUAUGCUGUGAAAUCAGGAAUGCUUCUGGAUAUGACAUUUAUGGUUGAACAAAUACUAUAGGUAGAGUUUCUGUCUGUUUUAUAAAAUUACAUUUCUACAAUAUCAUUGAGGUCAAAUGAUUAAAAAUAAAUGCUGACCCUGUGGGUUUCCUUGUGUCUUCAUUUAGCCUUUUGCUUUUAAUUUUUCAGCAAUGGUGACAGGACAAUGUUACUUGGUGUGAUGUGUAAGUGUAAUAUUGUCAGAAUGUAUCUGGACUUCUGUAAACAUCAGAGAAUAUUUUAAAGAAAAUGAAUGGAUGUUUGAAGAACACUCAUGUUAAUUAGACUUUUAUAAAUGCUGUAUGUCUUGUUUUGUCAUGAUGUUAAAAUCUGUAACAGUUACAUUGAAAGAUGCACAAUUUAAUAAAUAUGUUAUUGUUACCA